GGAUGACUCUUGCGGCUCAGAUUGGACAUAUGUCUUGACUCGCUUAAACACCCCAGAGGGUUUGGUAAUAGUAGGCUCCAAGUCGAAACAGAGCGAGAGCCUUCCAAGGUUGUAGAAUGGCGUCCAUGCUGAAUGCCCCACCCAAUUGUAUCUCUGUUCAGCCACAAAAGCCGACACUGCUGGCUGGAACUGCGACCAGUAGAGGAUUGGGUGCUACUCGGAGUAUCAAUCUGAAGCAAAGACUUCCAUCACCAGCUGUGAACAAGAUGAUGAUGAUCCCAAAGAUGUCAAUUUCAGCCCUACCCCUUGACAACCCUACUAAGUCCAACAACAAGUUUGACAUUCCUAUCAUGGUAAACGGUUGUAAUGGUAAAAUGGGGAAGGCCAUUAUCAGUGCAGGGGAGUCUGCUGGACUCGAUGUGGUUCCCGUCUCCUUUGGAUCUGCUCAAGAGUCUGGCCAAACCGUCCAAGUCGGCACAAAGGAGAUUCUAGUGCAUGGUCCUUCUGAAAGAGAAAGCAUACUUGAAUCUCUUCUUGUCAAAUAUCCCAAUUUGAUUGUGGUCGACUUCACUGUCCCUUCUGCAGUAAACGAUAAUGCAGAGCUAUAUUGCAGAGUCGGAGUGCCCUUUGUGAUGGGAACAACCGGCGGAGAUAGGGAUCAGUUGUAUAAGACUGUAGAAGACUCAAAAGUCUAUGCAGUAAUUUCCCCUCAAAUGGGGAAACAGGUCGUUGCAUUUCUUGCAACCAUGGAAAUUAUGGCUGAGCAAUUUCCUGGAGCUUUCUCUGGGUAUUCCUUGCAGGUUAUGGAAUCUCAUCAAGCAAGUAAACUUGACACAUCUGGAACUGCUAAGGCUGUUAUUUCUUGCUUCCAGAAGUUGGGAGUGUCUUUUGAUAUGGAUCAGAUCCAAUUGAUAAGGGAUCCCCAGCAACAGCUAGAGAUGGUGGGAGUUCCAGAGGAGCAUUUGUCUGGUCAUGCAUUUCAUAUGUAUCAUCUGACUUCACCCGAUCAAACAGUUUCUUUUGAGUUUCAGCAUAAUGUUUGUGGUAGAUCAAUAUAUGCAGAGGGUACAGUUGAUGCUGUAAUUUUCCUUGCUAAGAAGGUUCAUUCAAAGGCAGACAAGCGGAUAUAUGAUAUGAGGGAUGUCCUGCGAGAGGGUAACAUGCGAUGAAAGUUGUCUGUACACAAAAGGUUGCAUGUGGAUUAGCUUAAGAAAUUAGGAUUUUGGUUGAGGAGGAUCUUGGUAGAGGAAGAUAUGGAAUGAAGUUGGGAUGAGCAGUUUUGACCUUGUCUCUUUUCUCUUAUUAUUUCCUUCCUGCUUGUCUUUUGAAAAACAGUGAGAAUAUGCUUUGUAUAACAUGUUUUUGUUAUGUACUAUAUAGAAGACCAAUAUGUUAA